GUAUAAAUGCGAAAUGAAACCGAAAAUCCAAAAAUCUCCAUAUCCAACUAUCCCGCGCCUCUCUCCUCUGUGUCCGUACUUCCAUCCUCCCGUUCAUUCCCUAGCAGUUAACUGCUCAACCGGCGCAACUCACUGGAUUUCUUUAUGGUGUUUAGGUACAUCAAAAGAGGGCUGAAAUUCACUGUGAAACCACUGUAGCAGGAUAAAUGAUGACUUGAUUGAAUAAAUUUUCAGGCAAUACGUACUUAUCAUUGUAAUUGAUCAACAGCUAACUAGCUAAGGGCAUGCCUGCCAUGAAGGAGGGUGCUGUUACUAGUGGUAUUGGAAACAUAUUCAGCAAAUUGAUAACAGAAAUUGGAGAUCCUGUUGACUUUGAACUUCCUGACUGGCUAAAUAAGUGGCAGCCCGUGCCAUACACCUUUAUAAAACGCAAUAUAUAUCUCACUAAGAGGAUUAAGAGGCGUUUGGAAGAUGAUGGCAUAUUUUGUUCCUGCAACUCAGAGGCUGGAUCUUCUAAUGUGUGCGGUAGGGAUUGCCUCUGCAGCAUGCUAAUGUCUAGCUGCUCAUCGGGAUGUAAAUGUGGAGGUUCAUGCCUCAAUAAACCUUUCCAUCAACGUCCUGCCAAGAAGAUGAAAAUAGUGAAGACUGAUAAAUGUGGAUCAGGAAUUGUUGCAGAUGAAGAUAUUAAGCAAGGAGAGUUUGUUAUAGAAUAUGUUGGGGAAGUUAUUGAUGAUAAGACAUGUGAAGAGAGACUUUGGAAAAUGAAACACCUUGGGGAAACUAAUUUUUACUUGUGUGAAAUUAAUCGGGAUACGGUUAUUGAUGCAACUUAUAAGGGAAACAAAUCAAGAUACAUUAAUCACAGUUGCUGUCCAAAUACCGAGAUGCAGAAGUGGAUGAUUGAUGGUGAAACAAGAAUAGGCAUAUUUGCAACGUGUGACAUAAAAAAGGGAGAGCAUCUGACCUAUGAUUAUCAGUUUGUACAGUUUGGUGCAGAUCAGGAUUGCCACUGUGGAGCUGUAGGAUGUAGACAAAAACUUGGUGUCAAACCAACCAAGCCGAAGAUUUCCUCUUCAGAUGCUGCAUUGCAUUUAGUGGCCUGUCAGGUGGCAGCUACUUCUCCCAAAGUGAGAACACUUUUGUCUGCAAGACAGGCAUAUCCAAAUGGCGCUCGUGUUGCAGGAAGUUCAUGUAAUGAUUCUGCUCAAAGAGUAAGGUCUACGCGUAAUUGCAUCGGUCAAAUUAUUAGAAUAAGUCGCUCUUCUGAUAUGAGGUCUUACGGAAUUAUAAAACAGUUUGAUAGUACCACAAGAAAACAUUCGAUCAUGUUUGAAGAUGGCAAGACGGAGUAUCUUGACUUGUCAAGAGAAGAUUGGCAAUUAUGCAACUUCUCUGUGUAAUUAGGAACGGCAACGAAUACAAAGUUAAGUGACAUAGCUAGCUCCUUUUGGCAAACAAAGUUGUGUUGGGGGGAUUCAUAAAUGUUAAUGGUGGAUCCUUUGUUGUACUUGUACCAAUUGUAUAAUUGUACUUUGGUAGCCCUUUGUCAAUAAAAGCAUGAGAUAGUGGUUCAUUCAUUCAAAGUGACUUUCUAGAUUAUAUGAAAUUGUAAUAUUAUUCUUUCUGGUGUAACCAUAGCAGCAGAUGUAACAUUAGGCAAAAGACCAACACGAGGUAAAACAGUUUUGUUGUGACUCCAAUGAAUUUGCUUGAUUGCUCCGCA